CCUGUCCUCUUAUUUUUUCCCAACUUUUUCAAAUUUUUUCCUUUAACAUUUUCAUAUUUUAUCUGAUAAUAUUGAGUUUGUUAAUAUCAUCAUGAAGCUAGGAAGCAUUCUCCUUCUUGUGGUUGCUUUGAUUCCUCUCUUCGACCUUAGCUAUGGUCAAGAAUCCAAUAUCAAAUAUUGCCCUAAAGUUCUUACGGGAUUGAGUGGUGACUGUCUACAUGCUCAACGUGACUGCAAUGCUGAAUUCAAUGCAAGGUUUAAAGGUGCUGAGGCCCGUCGCUGUAGAUGUGACACUACUGUUAAUACACACACAUGCUCAUGUUGUAUAGUUUGUGGAAAGAUGGAACAUGAGAAAAAUAAGCUUUUUUUAGGUCAAGAUGAUUAUUCGACUGAAUGCUUAUAAUUGAAAAAUUUUAAUUAAUAAUAAUAACCUCACAUCUUAUUGUAUGAGGUUUUAUAUUUUGAAUCUGUUACA